UAAAACUUCCGAAGGUCUAGAAGAAAAGCCAGAAAAGGCAUCGGGUGUGGCUUUGAUUAUCGAUUACCGAUUGCUAUGGGAAUAUACUGGCAUUAAUCUGAUAACUUUAUCAAAAGUGGAGAGAACUUAUGGCUUUAGUGGUCGUUGA